CAGACAGCCUCCGUGCGUCCCCAUCUAGCAUCUAGCAUCUACAUCAGCAGCCGCGCGACACAGCCCUAAUGCCCCACCCCGGGCGUGCUGCAAGCUUCGCACCUCGCCUCUCCAUGUACUCUCAUGGUCUCCGUGCCGUCGCCCAGCUACCUCCCGCCGCUGGCCUUCGAGCCAUUCGCACUCAGCGAGCCCCACCCACUCACACUGACAGUCCCCAGCACCCCGCCACCCACGGCGUCCACUCACGCAGCGCCGCCCUCCGCCUAUUCCCACCACCCCUCCCAACGGAUACGAGGCCCGCGCGUCCGCCCAAAGCUCACUCUCGCCAACGGCACGUACGCACCUGUCGUUGUCGCCGGGGGCGCCUCGCAAGCGAGCGUCGAUGCGUCAGGAGGAUCGCUCCGCCGGCAGCUCACCCGGGAGUCGACCAGUCGGCGUGCCUCGCGGAACCCGAUCCUGGCGAAGCAGCACCCCUUCCCACCCAACGAGGCCCCGGAACGACCUGCCACCGACCGCAAUGCGUCGGUCGAGCGUCGGUCUCAGUGGGCGGUGCGUCCCGGCACCGCACCCGAUCUCUCACCUCUCAACAGCAGGCGCGGCGGGCCAUCGUCCGCGGGCGCACACAGCAGUGUCGACGGCGCAGUCCAGGGCGCUGACAGGCCGGCGCCCCGCCGCACAGGCAUGGGGCCCGAUCUGAGGCGGGCAGCUGUCCCAUUCGAUGUGUCCCAUCUCGAUAUGUUCCAGGCGCAGAAGCCGCGGACGGCACCGCCCGCUGUCGGGGGCGCUGGGCUCGAUGGAGACGCUGCCGGCAUUGACGUUGAUCUUUCGCACGACGAUCUCUUCAAAUUCAAGGUGAGCGCGGACGACCCCGCCCAUCCGCACUCGCGCCUUGCCCCGCCUGCUCCCUUCGUGCACGACGAGCUGAGCCCGACGAGUCGCCCGGACAGCUUCGCGUCGGACCGCCCGCCCUCGGCCCUGCCUGGCGCCACCAUCGACGAGCUUGAACAUAUCGCUGUGGAGCUGCGGACCAUGCAGCCGCAUAGUUCUCCUCCGUCGCAAGAGACUUUCCCCCGUGCUCGCCGUCCCGCUGGUCCACGACCGCGUUCGCCACCGUGUUCUACCUCGAGCCACGUCCAGAGGUCCGUCAUCGGGUCUACAUACUCUUCGACGGAUAUGUUAGAGAUCGUGGACGAGGCGGAUCCCUCGGGGAACGCAGGUGGCAGAUCAAACUCGCCACGACCGAUCCGUGAGGACGUCGAGUGGGUCGCGGACUAUGGCCUGUGGUGUAGCUCGGCAAAGGGGAAGUGGAAGGUGCCAUGGGUGGAAACGGAAGCAGACGAGAUUAACACCACACAUACAUCCCACGAAGCUGAAACUGACUCUGAGCCCUACUUCACGUACGAUCCUCAGACCGCUCCCGAGUUCCUAGUGGGUAAGUCUACCUCGCUGACCGUGACCGCCGCGCCCGGCUUCCACAGCGGCCGGCGCCUUCCCCGUCUUCGCACCGCGCGCAGGCAGCAUGGCCGCAAUAACCGUCCGCCAGGCCUCGUCCUCGCGCCCGGCUCUCAGCCGGAUCCACCCACCCCUGAUGAUCCUGACCCCCGCGCGCCAUCGCUCCCUGUCCCUCCCCACAGCGCACCAGCCUCUCAUUCACAUUUCCACACGAAGCCGCACAAGCCGCCGCCUGACCUCCGUGGCCUCGAGCUGCUCAUCGGCCCGCUCGAACCGAGAACGAAGCCCAAGCCACCGCCGAAGCCGAAGACUCCUGCAUCCUCCCCUCCAGUGAUGAAUGGGUUCGCCUCGAGGGAGGGCCCAAUGAAGCUGGCGCCGGUCCGCGGGGACGCGAGAGUCGACUUGAUUCCUAGGUCCACAGCUGCGUCCUGGUCAUCCGCGACUCCUAACACACCCAGAAACUCGUUCACGCGCCCAGCAAGGCAAAGAAGAAAUAUGUUCACGUCGUUGAGACGUUGGUUUAGGCGGCUGACAGCUCGUUGACUGAGGCAGUACGUUUCUCUGCACCCACUGUGGCAUAGUGAUAUAGACUGUACAUCUGUAGCAUAUCGUGUUCUCGCAUGCCACUAACUUAUUGCUAUAUGGCGCACUUAGAAUGCACACACACACACAAUACAUGCACAUUGUUCAUUACGUGG